GCAUUUUGGUAGAAAUUGCAUUGCCAGAUGAUAGAAAGUUUGUUUGUUUGAACGGGUAUCGUUCAAAAUAGCUGUUCUGACUAUACUGCAGUGAUAUAAAUUUUCAACUUUUCCUGGUGGCAGCUAAUUUAAAGAUGCUUCAGAUGAGUUCCUGCAUUUCCCGGUCAUUUCCAGUUAACUAUGGAACCUAAUGCACAGCCCAUCACAGCUAGAUUCCAAGCUACUGCACCGGUGUGGCGAGGAGAUUGCUCUACUCUAAUGUUACAGACUAAGUAUUGAUAAUGAUAAUAUUAUGGGCUUUGCUAUUCGGGUUAGACAAGACCCUCCCACCCAUUCUGUAGGGAAAGUACCACCUGCGAGGACCAAGAUAACACUCCAGGGAUUAAAACUCUGCCCGGUUUUGCCGAACAAGUUCACAAUCGAAGAACUGGAAGAUCCGAGAGGCCAUCAGAUCCGGCGGAACAAAUGUGAAAAUCGGUGGAAUAGCCCGCGUCCAGCAGUGGAAAAUGUUGUUCCGCAAUCGAAAUGGAGCAGUAAGUGGCAAAAAAAGCCGCUUCUCUAUAGUUCUAAUCACAAUGAUGUGCUAAGAAAUUGGGUUCCAGAAAAGAUAACACCCGUUUAUAUAUGAGCAACACAUUAAGAAACGGCAGCUCCAAAUGAAUGGAUCCUAUUCGUGAACAGCGGCUUUAGAAUUAUUCGCGCAUUCUAAGUAACCAUGACUCAGUUGUCGCGAAAAGGGCUGUUAGUCAGUUCUGAGUAAAGGCCGUUUAGUCAGAACUGAGUAGGUGCGGUUUUGGCGACAACUGAGUAACCACCACUAUGAACUGAGUAGCUAAAAAUUAGCGAGAAGAAUGUAGAAGCCAAAGGACGGCCCGGAAGUCAUACAACAAGGUUCUAACUAAAUACGACGGAUGCAUCCUCAUGGAUGACGAAACGUACGUAAAGAUGGAUUUUGGGUGGAUUCCUGGCCAAAAAUUUUGCCAAGCAACUGGUCGGUGUGAUGCCAAGUUUAAAUUCGUUUUUGCCGAUAAGUUUGCAAGAAAGUGUUUGAUCUGGCAAGGUAUUUGCAGCUGUGGAAGAAAAACCCCGGGCUUUGUGAAAAACAAGUCCAUAGACUCCGAAAUGUACAAGGAGGAGUGCCUGAAAAACGUUUUUUCCGUACAUUACAUGCCACUACAGCAAAGAAGUACUACAGUGGUAUCGGGACAACGGGUGGAUUUUGUCGAAAAGGACAUCAACCCACCCAACUGUCCUCAAUUCCGCUUUAUCGAAAAAUUUUAGGCAAUUGUCAAGCAGAAGAUGAAGAAGAAUGGUAGAACGAUUCAGGAUGGAACAGAGAUGAAGAGAUUGUGGAACAAUAUGGCCGCUGAGGUCAGCGAAUAGUGGUUCUCGACAAAAAGUUCGAAAUUUCAUCACAACAACAUCGUAAUAAUUUUUUUUAAUUAUUUUUCCCUGUAAAGUGCAAUAAAAACUUACAUUUUGAGUACAAAACAUUUGAUUUCGUUUACAUAGCUCCGAGAUAAAUCUAAUUACAUUGUAAUCCUACUUUACAAGUGAAUUUACGUUUCCGCACCAUUUCUGAAAAAAAUUUGAAAAAGACUAUAGCUAUUUUACAAUUGCAAAGAAAUUUACAUGAAAAUGCAAGCAAAACAAGCAGAAACUCAAUGUGAAUGCAUGUUCUAGAGGACAUUUACAUGAAACUGCAUGUGCUCCAAACUGUCAACUCACUUGUUGUUUUGCUCUAAGUCCCGUAGGAAUUGAAUUCCGUUUGCUGCUUGCAGAAUAUUCUAGCAAGGUAGGUUCUGAUCUAAAAUCUAUCAAAAUAUAUGUGAAAAGACAAUGUUGAAUAGCUUAAACUAAUCGUCACUAAUUUUUUACACCGAUUGAUCUUUUUUUUUUUCAGAAAGCAUAAGUGCCAAAAGCAGCGGUCAAAUUCAGCAAAGGAGUAAUUUGUUUGUAUUCUACAGUCUGCUGUCCAGCUCCGGGGGAGCUUCAAACACUUAUAAACAGGUGUUAAUAUAAACCAUAAAAUCUGCUAAUAAAAUAUGAAUACUUGUGCAACUUGUGUUUCCGAUUUUAUUUCGAACAUUGCAAUCCAAUAAGAAUUUUGAAUUGGGGUUGUAAACAUAAUGUAAACUUACAAUAAACAAAGCAGAUGAAUGCUAUUGGGAUUUUACAUGAAAUAUGCAGUAUCGUCACAUGUAAAAGGCCGAUUCCCUUCUACCCAUGUACUUGCAUGUAAUGCUACAUGGAUUUUUCUAACUGUGUACCCUUUUUAAUGCGUUCAGAUUUAAGAUAAUCCAUGCUUUAUACCACUUUCAGA